AUGAAAAGAUUAACUCUCAAACUUGUACUUUUAUUUUACGUCCUUAACGCUACUUUGGGAAAUGCAAAUCAACCUUACGGAUCAACUUGCAGUCUCGAAGAUGGUGCAGUAGGUUUUUGUGCUGAUAUCGCACAUUGUCCAUCUAUCGCAAAACUUUUGAGAAACCAAUUGAUAACUGCUGAUCAAAUUAAAGUUUGCAAUAAAUUGUCAAGGUAUAUGUGCUGUCCAUAUUCGAAAUCUGAGGACACGACACAGGAAAGUAUAACAUCAAAGUCACAAACAAUAACUAAUGCUGAUGAUUCAACAACCACUGAAGGUCAAAUUGAUCUAGUAAAAUUAAGUGAUAUAGAGUAUCAAAAUAAAAAUUAUACUUGUGGAAGUUCAGGAAUAUCGAUCAGUCUAAUUGUAAAUGGAACUCAAUCAGAAAGAGGAGCUUGGCCAUGGUUACUGACUUUACACAGAUUUCAAAACAAUUUUAUGUUUUGUGGUGGAACUUUGAUUAGUGCCAAUGCAGUUGUGACAGCUGCUCAUUGCAUGCAAGACAAAGGACAGAAAUAUCCAUUAACUCCAAAUGAAUUUGUUGUAAAGCUAGGAAGAUAUGACUUGUCACAGUUUUAUGAAAGAGACGCAGUCGAUGCUUAUGCCCUUGACAUUUUUAUUCAUCCAAACUGGAAGUUCUUCACACGAGAAUAUGAUUCAGAUAUAGCUAUAAUUAAGCUUAGUGCCCCAGUAAGGUUCAGUACUGUUAUCAGUCCAGUAUGCUUAUGGAAAUCGAAUGAUCCACUUUCUGUGAGUGCUGGAAAAAUUGUUGGAUAUGGAAGGUCGGAAAGUAAUACUGUACAUGAAAUGAUUCCUCGAGAAUUGGAUAUGAAAAUUAUUUCAAAUGAAGGUUGCUUUUUAAAAGAUCCAAAAUUUGCAUUCAUCUCGUCAUCAAAAACAUUCUGUGCUGGUAGAGAUGAAUAUUCAGCAGCAUGCCGUGGCGAUAGUGGCAAUGGAUUUUUUGUAAACGUCAAUGACCGAUGGUACUUGAGAGGAAUUAUAUCAGCAUCAUUCAUACAUAUGAACAAUACGUGCGACACGUCAUCUAACACACUGUUUACUAAUAUCUUGAAGUUCUCAAAAUGGAUAGAAGAAAAAGCACCGACUAUUGAAAAACAAUUUGAAGAAGAACCAAGAGUAGAACCAAGAGAAGAACUAACAAGUCAAGACCUAGUGCGACAUGAUAAGGAGAUCAUCUGUUCUUUCACAAGUUUGGCUGUUUAUCGCAAAAAAGGCGGCAAGUUCACAGUUGACUCAUUUAAUCCAAAAAUGUGCACGACUGCGAUUUAUCACUUUGCUGGACUUGAUCAAAAUUUUGAAUUACAGUCAUUGGAUCCAUGGCUAGACCUUCCAGAUGACAAUGGAUUAAAUGGUUAUAAAAAAUUCACAGAUUUAAAGAAGUCACAUCCACAAUUGAGAAUGUUGCUGUCAGUUGGUGGAUGGAAUGAAGGCGUUAAAAAUUAUUCAAAUUUAGCAUCUAAUGAAACUCUAAGGAAGAACUUUGCAGCUCAGUCAGCAACUUUCUUGAAAGAAUUUGGCUUUGAUGGACUCAAUUUUUAUUGGGACUUUCCUGGUGAUACAAGAAGAGGUGGAACGGCUGCAGAUAAAGAAAAUUUGUCUCAUUUACUCAGAGAAAUUUCAGAAGUUUAUCGCCAACAGAAUCUCUACUUAAGUGCUACACUGCGGACGAAAGACUGGAUAGUAAGUUCUGCUUAUGACAUUGAGGAAGUCUCAAAGCAUGUUGAUGCAAUAUACAUGAUUACAUUUGAGUAUGCUAGUAGUUGGGAUAUGAAAAUUGGAUAUCCAGCAGCACUAAAAUCAAAUCUUCAAGGUGAUAACAUUGACUCAGCUGUCAAUUUCUUUAUUGACCAAAAAGUUCCAAAAAAUAAAAUGAUUAUCGGAAUCAUGUUACAAGCACAAACAUACACCACUGACACUAAUGGACUUAUUGGUGAUGACUGUGAACAAGAAGGCUUUCCAGGUCCGAUAAUACAAAGUAGUGUUUUAGUCGGUUACAAUGAAAUUUGUCUUAUGGAAAGUCAGAAGGAAUGGACUUAUGAGUUUGACAAAGUUGCUUCACAAAUGAUUGGAAGGUUUAAAGAAAAUGGAAUAACUCAUGUUGCUAUCUAUGACACUCCUCGAUCUGUGGCAAAUAAAGUCAAAUAUACAAUGGAGAAGGACUUACUAGGUGUAUGGGCUUGGUCAAUUGAUACAGAUGAUUUUAGAGGCAAUUGUCCAAUUGAUACUUCAACUUAUACUGAUUUUAGAGGAUUAAGACCGAAGUUGACGACGAAGAAGGAUUUUCCAUUGCUCAGGACGAUUAAUGAUGUGAUCAAGUUUAUGAAUAAUAAAAGGAAUUGAACUUCUCCCACAAUUUUUUUUUAAAAAUCAUAACAAAAAGGUCAUGACAUUUGCUUUGUGUACACGUG